GCAAGUAUUAGCCUCUCAACCAUUCAUUCAUAAAACAAACUAAACAGCUAUCAACCAUGUCCUCAAAACAACCCCAUUAUUUUCUGCUUCAAACAUGCACACCACAAUUCAUUGAAACAGUGUUGAGUUUAUUCAUUUUCUCUUAGACUCUUUUGCUUUCAUUUUUUAACAUCACUUUUUGAUUGAAGGGGUUCUAUUUUCUUUCCCUUCUUUCUGCUCUUUCUCUCAUUGAUCAAAUAGUACUUUUUUUCUAUAGAAGAAGGAACACAACAAACAUAGGUUCAAGGCCAACACUUCAACCUCAACUCCUUGUUCCUUUGUUUUUUUAUAAAACAAAGGUAACACACAAAAAAGGUCGAAUCAACGAUGGUUCGAGCUUUUCGUCACCAAAAAAGCAUGCAGAAGUCCAAGUCUUUUCAUUUCAGAAAAAUGUUUGAGAUUCCAGGGAAACAUAUUCAUGGUUUAUUUGAAAGGGAUCACGACGAAGCUGAUGAAACUGAUAAGGUGUACUCAAAAAGCUACGAGUCUAAGAGCUCAUUUGAUCAUCGUUUUGAACAUGCUCACAAUAGUGAUCAUAGUCCAGCAGCAAGCUUGGGUUGUGAAGCACCUAAAAUACCUCCAAAGCCAAAGGCACCAACUGAAUCUGACAUGAUGAAGGAGAGGUUUGCUAAGCUGCUUUUAGGAGAAGACAUGUCAGGUGCAGGGAAUGGUGUUUCUUCAGCAUUGGCUUUGUCAAAUGCCAUAACAAACCUGGCUGCAUCUGUUUUUGGAGAAUCAUCAAAGCUGGAGCCAAUGUCUGCAGAAAGAAAGGCCAGGUGGAAAAGAGAAAUUGGUUGGCUUCUAUCUGUAACGGAUCAUAUUGUUGAAUUUGCUCCAUCACAACAGAUAGCCAAGGAUGGAUCAACCAUGGAGAUCAUGACUACUCGGCAACGAACUGAUCUGCUCAUGAACAUCCCGGCCUUGCGCAAGCUUGAUGCAAUGCUCAUUGACACGUUAGACAACUUUAGAGAUCAAAAUGAGUUCUGGUAUGUCUCUAAAAAUGAUGAUGAUUCUGAGGGUAACAACCAAAGGAAGAGUGACAAAUGGUGGCUUCCAACAGUUAAAGUUCCCCCAACAGGAAUGUCUGAAGUAGCCGGAAAAUGGAUACAGUACCAGAAGGACAAUGUCACCCAAGUGCUUAAAGCAGCCAUGGCAAUAAAUGCUCAAAUACUAUCAGAAAUGGGGAUUCCUGAGAACUACAUCGAAUCACUCCCCAAGAAUGGUAGAGAAAGCCUUGGUGAAUCAAUCUAUAAGAGCAUUACAGUGGAAUUUUUUGAUCCUGGGCAAUUUCUCGCAACAAUGGACUUGUCCACAGAACAUAAGGUGCUUGACCUCAAGAAUAGGAUUGAAGCUUCCAUAGUGAUAUGGAGAAGGAAGAUGACCAACAAGGAUAGUAAGUCUUCCUGGAGUUCAGCAGUGAGCAUUGAGAAGAGGGAACUCUUCGAGGAGAGAGCUGAGACAAUAUUGCUUAUGCUCAAACACCAGUACCCAGGACUUCCACAAUCUUCACUUGACAUUAGCAAAAUCCAAUACAACAAGGAUGUGGGACAAGCCAUUCUAGAGAGCUACUCAAGAGUCAUAGAAAGCCUGGCUUACACAGUUACCUCAAGGAUUGAGGAUGUCUUAUAUGCUGAUUCAGUGGCAAAGAACCCAUCAUUGGUAGUGAGUAGCAGAAGGAUUUCAUUGGAAUCAGUGUCAGAGCAAACUUCCCCAAACUCUGGGAAGGAGAAUAGCAACUUAAAAUCAUCAGGGACACCACCUUCAAUGACUCUCUCAGAUUUCAUGGGUUGGAGUUCAAUCAAGGAGGGGAGUGACAUGAGGAAGAGUAACUCCUCAGAAGACUCGGAAGAGUGCUUGAAUGAAAAGGAUGAAAAGAUUGUGAAUAAAUCUCCUAAAACCCCCCAGCCACAGAAAUCCUUCUAUUUGGACAAACUUGAGUACUUGAAUGCUUUAAAAAGUCCCAUAGCUCGACAUUAG